CCGGAUUAUUGCGGGCGCAGGGCACACGGUCCCGAGCACCGCUGGGGCCGAUGACGGUGUCGUAGCGCCGAGACCUCGGGCCGCGUCCACCCGGACUUCUUCGAGUCUGUGACCACGCCACCUGCUCAAGUCCAAGAUCACGGAUCCGACCAAUUCCUCUUCUUGUCGACGAGGGCGACGGCGAGUACAGCUAUCAAUUGACGCCCGCUGCUCGCCCGCUCAUCAUCUGCACCACGCAACAUGCUUUUUGCCGCGAGACGGGCCCUGCUGGGGCGGGCCUCGUUGUCCAUCAACUGCCGUGGCCGUCCCGGCCACUUUCUGUCCACGCUGGCCAUCCUUGAGCAGCGCGAUGGCCAGCUGAAUGCUGGCUCGCUGAGCGCAUUCACCGCGGCAAAGAAGCUUGGCGGGACUGUUCACGGCUUCAUUGCAGGCAGCUCCAUCGCCGCUGCCGCUGCCCAGGCCGCCAAGGUGGAGGGUGUUGAGCAGAUUGUCACUGUUGAGAACGACGCAUACGAGAAGGGCCUUCCUGAGAGCUAUGCCCCGUUGCUGGUCGAGAACAUCAAGAAGGGCAACUACACACACGUUGUUGGCGGCCACACGGCAUUCGGCAAGAAUGUGCUGCCCCGGGUUGCCGCCCUCCUAGACUCGCAGCAGAUAUCGGACAUCACCGGCAUUCAGGACGAAAAGACAUUUGUCCGUCCCAUCUACGCUGGCAAUGCCAUUGCUACAGUCGAGUCGUCAGACGCCGUCAAGGUCAUCACAAUCCGAGGGACGGCUUUCGCGCCAGCCACGGCCGAAGCCGGAUCCGCCUCCAUCGUACCGGGGGCUGAUCCCAAGGCUGGCUCGACUACGGAGUGGCUGUCUGAGGACCUUGCUAAAUCUGACCGCCCGGACCUGGCAACGGCCAGCAAAGUCGUCUCCGGUGGACGCGGUCUCAAGUCCAAGGAGGAGUUUGACAAGGUCAUGCUACCCCUUGCCGAUGCCUUGGGGGCCGCCGUCGGUGCUUCACGAGCUGCCGUCGAUAGUGGUUACGCGGACAAUAGCCUUCAGGUGGGACAGACCGGCAAGGUCGUUGCCCCUCAGCUCUACAUGGCUGUUGGAAUCUCCGGCGCAAUCCAGCAUCUCGCAGGCAUGAAGGACAGCAAAGUGAUCGCGGCCAUCAACAAGGAUGCGGACGCGCCUAUUUUCCAGGUGGCGGAUGUUGGCUUGGUCGGCGACUUGUUCGAGAAGGUUCCUGAACUGACCGAGAAGGUCAAGAGCUCUUGAACGUGGCGUGGCGUUUAACGUGGGUCGUAAUACUAUUACAUCACAUGCACAUAUAUGUCGGGC